UAAAAAAAAAAGGGCGUCGCGUGAAAUUUUUACUAGAAGUCAGAAGUUAAUGUCAAAGAAGCAUUAACAACGUCCUCGUUCGAACAACGACAACUGCAAAAAUGGCGGCACCUUUCCGUCUGACCACCCUCUGUAAAACUCCCAAAACCUCACUUCCAAAAACCCCAAUCCUCAACAACAACAACAACCCGCACACUCUUUUCUCCAGAUCCAACCUCAAAUUCAACCCCAUUUCCAAACCCUCCACUCUCGCCCUCUUCAUCACCAACCGCCGACACCAACACCGCCACCCCAGAACCACCGCAAUCCGAUGCCUCUUCACCGGAAUAGUCGAGGAAAUGGGCCAAAUCAAGAAAAUUGGAGCUUCCGAUGACGGCGGAUUCGCCAUGAAGAUCGCCGCCAAGACCGUCCUCGACGGGGUCAACCUCGGCGACAGCAUAGCCGUCAAUGGCACGUGCCUCACCGUCACCCAAUUCGACACCGUUUCGUCCGAAUUCACCGUCGGAUUGUCGCCCGAAACCCUAAGGAAGACGUCGCUGAGCGAGCUCUCGGUCGGCUCGCCGGUGAACCUGGAGAGAGCCGUCCAGCCGAUAAGCCGGAUGGGCGGGCACUUCGUGCAGGGUCACGUGGACGGCACGGGGGAGAUCGUUUCCAUGGAGGCCGAAGAAGAUUCGCUCUGGAUUAAGGUCAAGACGACGAGGGAGAUUCUGAAAUAUGUUGUUCCGAAAGGGUUUGUUGCUGUGGACGGGACGAGUUUGACGGUUGUGGAUGUAUUUGACGACGAGGAUUGUUUUAAUUUCAUGCUUGUGGCUUAUACGCAGCAGAAAGUGGUGAUUCCUUUGAAGAAAAUUGGGCAGAAGGUGAAUCUGGAGGUUGAUAUAAUGGGCAAGUACGUGGAGAGGCUUCUCAGUAGUGUGUUCGUUGAUUCUGUUAAGUCUUCAUGAGGUAAAUCAAAAUGUAGUUAUGAUGAUGAUCAUGAUGAAUUUGAUGAGGGUGGAACUUAACUUUGGAUUUUGAUCUUGUGUUGUUGUAGUUCUUUUCCUUUUUGGGAUGGGUCUUGAUUGAAAUGAAAUAA